AUGAAGCUGUCUACGCUCUUCCUUGCUGCUCUCCUCGGAGAGGCAGUCUGUGCAUGGAAAACCGGCGACAAAGCCACAGGAGAGACCGAUCCCAAUGUGACCCGCCGCUGCUGGCUCUGGGCCAACGAUAUUGCUUCCGGCGAUAGCUGCAAGGCGCUCGAAAAGCACUUUAAUAUUGAUUUCCUGCAAUUGCAUGAAUGGAACCCCUCAUUGGUUAAGGAUCCUUGCAACCCGAUCGAGGGUUGGAGUUAUUGUGUCAAGAGCCCCCUGGCGACCAACAUCCGUGCGAAGCUCACUGGCACCGACGCGCCUGUUCUCCAAGAUCCCCAGUCUGCAGAUUCUUCUAGUGCUGCGAGGAAGAAGGGAUCAUUUGAAGAAUUAUUGAUUUGA